CAGCGGAAGUGGUCGUCAUGUUGCGUCUAGCUGGUGUUGUGAGCUGCCAGGCUGCAUGCAGACUGUCCAGCAGUAACAGCAGUAACAGCAUGGCUUACAGUGCGAAGAUCGGUCCGUCCAUCCUCAGCAGCGACCUGUCCUGUCUGGGCAGCGAGUGCGUGCGGAUGAUGGAGUCCGGAGCGGAUUACCUGCACCUCGACGUCAUGGACGGGCACUUUGUACCCAACCUCACAUUUGGACAUCCCAUGGUGGAGUGCCUGAGGAAGUCAGUAGGCCAAGACCCUUUCUUUGACAUGCACAUGAUGGUGUCUCGGCCGGAGCAGUGGGUGAAGCCCAUGGCUGCAGCAGGAGCCAACCAGUAUACAUUCCACAUAGAGUCCACCACCAACCCCGGUAACCUCAUCAAGGAGAUAAGAGAGAGCGGCAUGAAGGUGGGUUUGGCCUUAAAGCCUGGUACUACCGUUGAAGAGCUCGCACCCUGGGCUAACCAGAUCGACAUGGCUCUGGUCAUGACUGUUGAACCUGGCUUUGGAGGGCAAAAGUUCAUGGAGGACAUGAUGCCCAAGGUGAGCUGGUUGAGGAGUCAGUUCCCUUCAUUAGACAUCGAAGUAGAUGGAGGAGUUGGCCCUGACACCAUUCACAAGUGUGCAGAGGCAGGAGCCAACAUGAUCGUGUCAGGCAGCGCCGUGAUCGGCAACGACGACCCCCGUUCCGUCAUCGCUCUCCUGCGCACCGUGGUGGCCGAAGCAAUCCAGAAACGUUCGCUGGACCGCUGAGACGUCCUCUUUGUUACACCCCCUACAUGCCCGUCCCAGCAACACAACAGCCCGUAGAGCAGACUCAAUGCGGACAUUUUCCGAGGUUGAGGUCAUUGGUCACGGUCAGAGCGGGGGGAGGCCAAAUCCAGAUCACUUUGACGUGAAUGAAGCUGCACCGUGCCUCUACUAAACUUUUUGAACUUCAUCCUGUCCUGCCACAAUCCUCCUCUCUGAACAGUUAACUCAACGCGAGUCUCAUCUCAGCACGGGGAAAAGACUGGAGCUGAGGUUAUGCUUAUUUCACAUCUGUAAACAUUCCUGAAUAUUGUUUGACGCUGUUUUAAGUAUAAAUUAAUUAUGGGAAUAAAAAUGGUCCAGGGAGCACUGUGUUUAGCAGAUCUUCUGUUUUGCAAGUCAUUUUCCGACUUCCUUCUGAAAUCAUGUUUCAUACCUCAUUAAACAGUUUUUCACGGUUUUGUUGAAAUGAACCAUUCACAACUUGCUACACUACUGAGCAUAAAUAAUGUGCGCUUCUAAAUUCUAUGAGAUUUGGUUAUGCAAAUUAAAAAGACUCCAGUGAAAUGAA